UGGUUUUGAGUUUAACUCAUGUUUACAGUUUAACAGGCGCUUUUGAACGCUUCGCUUCGUGUUAUUUAACUCUCUCUGAUUUUGCCUCAUUGCGUGGAGUUAGUUUGAAAGGCAGUUAGCCAACACCUAAGACAACCUCUAAGAUGGUAAACCGCGCCAAAUCCAACCGAAUUAUGUGUAUCAACUGUAAUUUAUGCAUUAACAAACUGCGCCGGUAUCCUGCCUUGGAACUUGAUAAGAAAAUUACUUCUUUACUCUCGGAAUGGGUGUAUCCUCAAAUUAUUACACAAGAUGACGUCGUUUGUGAAGCUUGCAAAGAUCUUGCAAUGGCUAAAGUUAAUGUUUUUAUCAAGCAAGAAGUCACUGACGAUGACUGUCAACAAGCCGGUCCUAGCCCCCGAGGCCAUACUAAUGUGUGUCCUCUAUGCGGCAUCUCCAUCUUACGGAGACAAAGUAACAAAAUAUUGAGCGACAAUCCUUCUGAACUGCAUCAAGCUAUUUACGAUAUCAUACAAAACAGACUAGCUCCACGACAGAUAACAGAAUCUGAUCGCGUAUGUCACGCGUGCUGGUUACGGACACGAAGACAAGUUUUGCGAAUUAACAGUCUCGCCAAAUCACUGCUUUCUAUAAAAGAUGCACCACAAGAGCCUGCACCACAGGAGCCUGCUACUCUAACAGAGCCUAGUACUUCAGGAUCUACUCCAGCUGGUUGAUGUAAAAAAAAUAGCUUUGCCAAACUAUAGACGAGCACCCAAUACUACCAAAAGUUGUGUCUUUCCAAAAUGCAGUAGUGGUACCUCAUUACAUCUUAUAUCAGAUAAAUUGCGUGCCAUUGUUCUUAGCCAUCACAAAUAUUAUCUACCAAAGCAGGCUAGACUAUGCGAUCAUCAUUUAAAAAGCAAUUCAUGGGAGACCUUAUUUGACUCUGAAAACAGUAUGCAAACAUUUACCAUCGAACAGAUAGAGCAUGUUUUCUCAUUUGUGAAUAUGCCUAAUCAAACUUUGGACUUUGAAAACUUGCAAGACAUAGAUGACAGAGUUUUCGAGUACUGCAUGGGAAUAACGAAAGAGAAGUUCAAUAGUUUACUUGAACAAGUACCCCAAAUAAAAGAAAUACGAAGAGGAAGUUUAGGGUUGGCAGCACUAUUAGUGAAGAAGAGGACGGGUGAUGCAAAUGCAAAAAUUUCAACAUUGCUACAAGUACCACUUAGAACUUUGGAGGGUUUGAUGGCAAAAGUGAGAGAUGUUAUUGGUCAAAAUUUUGUAUUAGAAAAUAUAAUAUAAUUACAUAAAAUGAGUAGUACACAUUGACUUUUUCUCUACCGCAAAUAUGUCAGUGUGCUUUCUGCGAAAAUAGAGAAAAAUUGUUGCAGCUUCUCAAAAUUAUAUUUCAAUUAUACAUCAUUAUCAUGAUUCACCGGUCCACUACUGAGAACGAGUCUCUUCUCAGAAUGUGAAGAGUUAUGGCCAAGUGCGAGGCAGACUUGCCCACUGAGGCUUUUAUUUGGAACACUAAGUUUGGAAGGGUGCUGAUUUCUGAAAAAGUGUGCUAAUUCAAGAUUGCAUCUUAUUUUCCCUGGAAAUUUUACAUAAACCUCUUUCAACUCUUAUUAUUGUUUAAAAUUUUCUGCUUUGCAAACUUCAGAGGGGAAGAAUUGUUUUUUGACAUGUCUUUUUUUCUUCACAAGUCUUUUACCAUUUGCAUGGAACCUUAAAAAUGACGCUGCGCCUCUGCCCCAUUCCACUACAUAGACACAGAUCACGACGUCACUAGCAGGUACUACAUACCCUGAGACUAUGAAUCACCUACUCUUCUUUGAUUUCACAUCACCCAUAGCCUAAUAUUAGACAUAUUGUCGAUUCAGAAUCAAACCGAAAGUUCCCUCACUCUAGUUAAGUCUGCCAUAGAUGUGAAGAAAAGAUCUUAAAGGUUGUGAAGAAAACCCAAUACUAUUCAACACACAGAAUUUCAGAAAUAAUAAUUUCA